GUAAAGCCGGAAAGAUGGCACAGAAUUUGUCGUUCUCUAUCGCCAAUAUUCUUCGCUCAGACUUUCCUCCACCUUCACACAUAAGACACGUACCAAGGUGUAUUUACUUAGAACGCCUGAAUGAUAGCAGAAAUUUGCCAUACGUCGCUCUAAGAUGCCAGCUAGAUCGACGAGCUAGCUUCUGUAAUGAAACGGAAUUUUUUGCCAGAAAUUAUUACAGCGCGCACACAUUGUCCGUAAUUUCAGAGAAGGAUGCCAAGAUUCAAAACUCUGGUUAUGUCAGAGAACAGCAGAGAAAGAAAGAUAUAUUGGCAGCUAACGGAAAUAAAAAGACGGAGGAAGAUAAACGGAACAGUGAACUACCUGGCUCUGCAUCGAAAAGUGCAGUGAAAAAGAAACGGAAUCGAAGCCAUUUCACGCAAGGGCAGCUUAAGUAUUUGGAAGACGUGUUUACCCGCCAGCAGUACCUAACACGCGACGAACGCGCCAUGCUGGCGACUGUUUUGAACAUGACGGAGCUGCAAAUAAGAAACUGGUUUCAGAACAGGAGAUAUCAGUUGAGGCACCGAGGAUUAAACAGGGCCAAACAGGUUCCAGUCAAAGUGCUGGUGAGCAGUAGCACAGGGCAGGAUUCUGAUGAUCGUAGCAUGUGAUGCGCACGAUGUCUGCACGUGGUGUUCACGGGAUCUUGAUUCUGGCGAUUGCAGCUGUGUUCAAAUCAGAUCAUGUGACGACAACCGUUUUCUCUUCUUGCGAUUGGACUAAAAACCAAGGACUGUAUCGCCUUAUUGAAUAAUCUUUGUAAGAGUUACUUGCUCUUAGAGAGCAAAUCUGAUUUAAUUAAAUUAACAAAAUGUCGAAGCCGUC